GGAGGUUUAUUUCGCAACAUUGCACAACGUCCCAGAGCCAUGUCAGCUGAAGGUGGAGGGGAGCCGUUUCGCUGAGCUGGUUAGGGAGGGACGGCGGCUCCUCCGAGUUCUGCUUUAAGGCUGCCCCGAGGGGAGGUGGGUGUGCUGUGCUGACAGAUCAAGUCGCCUGCUAGCUUUCUACCACGGCAGGAGACAAAAAUUUAAUUUAAGCUUAAUUUUCUCGGAGGAAAGAAAGGAAGCGCCCGCCGCUGAUGAAGAAGCGGGAAAGCCCGUCUUCAUCCCGGCAGGUUUAGGAUCUGCUGUUUGAGCAGGCGGGGCUGGACUAGAAGACCUCCAAGGCCCCUUCCAGUUCUGCUUCUGCUUCUAGGCGAGGAAGGUCGGAGCAGAAGGGCUAGGCGGGGGCGGGAGGACGGCUGCCUGGCACGCCACAAGGACUUCGGGACCUGAACGGGAAGGGAAAAGCGCGUGGGUGGCCUUGGUGGGUGAGAGGUCCCGAGGCACGAGCACGAGGUGGGGGAAAGAAAAAGCGAAACCUCCGCGGCUUCGACCGCCCUCGGGGAGGAAGCCUUCCGCCCCCACCCACCCCCGAAAGGAGCCGUUUCUCUUCUUCCUCUUCUGGAAGGGACGAUCUGACCCGGCUUGGUCGUGUCCUGCCCCCUUUCUCCCCACUCCUCCUCCCGAGUUAAAAGUUUUGUGACUUCAGGCGCUUUUAUGACUUCAGGCGCUUGGAGGUUCUUAGCAACCCCUAUGAGCUGGCGCGGCCUCUCCGCCGCCAGGCCUGCUGGCGGGGAAAGGCAGCCGUUGUUCCCGCGGGGUGACCGCUGGAGUUGCAGGAUGUUCUCCUUCGCACAAGGCGUGGCCUUCAUCCCCACGUUCCUGGUCUCCUGGUCGUCGGCCGCCUUCAUCCUCUCCUAUGCGAUCGCCGUGCUCAGCGGGCAUGUGGAGCCGCUUUUCCCCUACAUCAGUGAUACAGGAGCAAAACCUCCAGAAAGCGGUAUCUUUGGAUUUAUGAUUAAUGUUUCUGCAUUCUUAGGUGCAGUUACAAUGUAUAUAAAAUAUUCAAUUGUAAAGAAACAAAAUGAUGUGACACAUUUUAUUUCCCCUUGUUUCAACUUAUUGACAUUGUAUGUUGGAAUUUUGGGUUGUAUUGGACUGGGCAUUGUUGCAAGUUUUCAGGAAUUAGCAGUUCCUGCUGUCCAUGAUGGGGGAGCUCUUUUGGCUUUUGUCUCUGGUGCUCUCUACAUUCUUCUUCAGACAAUUAUCUCUUACAAAUCACGUCCACGAUGGAGCACCCCGUGUGUAUGUCACACAAGAUUAUUUCUCUCCAUAAUGACUUGGGUAGCUGUCAUUCCCAUGAUUGCAUGCGCUUCAUUAAUAUCCAUUACAAAAAUAGAUUGGAAUCCAGGUGAAAAGGAUUAUGUGUACCAUUUUGUAAGUGCAAUCUGCGAAUGGACAGUAGCCUUCGGCUUUGUGUUCUUCUUCUUAACGUAUAUCAGAGACUUUCAGGAAGUUACCAUACAAAUAUCAACAGAAAUUCGUGGAGACCUCUGACCACUUAUUGUUAGUUAGCUGGAUUGGGGGGGGGGGUGUUAUAUAAACUGUUGCAAUGGCCAAGAUUGACCUGGCAUGAACCUGAUGCAUCACUGCUGCAAAUUGUAUAAUCAUUGUCAAGAAAAAAAUGUAUUUUUAAUUUUAGGCUAUAUUUCCUAUGUAACCAAUCUACUAAUAAUUUUUUGUAUUAUAAAUACAUUUUAAUGUUUUUUUUAAAAAAAUAGAGGACCUCUGAGAUAUGUAAUCACUAAGGAAUAAAUGUUUAUCUACUGUAAUAUCUCUUUCCUUUUUAUUCACUUGGUGAAUAAAGAUAAAGAAUAAAGAAAAGCUGCAAUUCCAGCUACCAAUUA